CAAAACACCGCGCUUCCGCGAUUGAUUUCUGCGUCAUCAAAUCGCGCCUGCAAGUGCAGAAAACGCAGAAGUUUGAGCAGCAGCAGCGUGAACCUGCACACCAAACACUUCAGGGGGCGUGGUUAUGAGUAGUCCCAUGGCUAGCUCCGCCCCCUCCAGUUCUAAAGACCGGCCAGUUUCCAGGACCAGCUUCAUCCCAGAACUGCAGAGCAUGAUGUUUGCUCUGGGAGAUGCUCGCAGGCCGCUGCAUGAGACAGCUGCUCUGGUGGAGGAUAUUGUCCACACACAGCUCAUCAAUAUGCUGCAGCAGGCCUGUGAAGGGGCGGCUCUUCGGGGGUCGAGGGUCAUUUCAGCAGAGGACAUCCUGUUCCAGAUGAGAAGAGACAAGAGGAAACUGUCGAGGUUAAUAAAAUAUCUUCAGUUUCGAGAUUACAAAUCUAAACUCCUCAAAACCUUGGAGGAUGACGAAUCUCUGCAAGACACAGACAGGUGGGGUGCUGCUGGUAGUGGCGGCAGCGCUGUUGCCGGGGGUAACCAGCGGAGGCAGCGAUUGGCUCAGGACUUCCUGAUGUGGAUGGAUCAGACCAGCGAGCUCCUGUCCAUGGCUGAGAGACAGGAAGUAGAUCCGGUCAAACAGGAACGCUUGGAGCGUUUAGAGCGUCAGACUCGGGCGAUGGACCAGACCCAGUACUCAGAGUUCUGCGAGAGUCGACAGCUCAGCUUUGCUAAAAAGGCGUCCAAGUUUCGGGACUGGCUGGACUGCAGCAGUCUGGAGCUGAAACCCAACAGCAUUGCAAUGGAGAUCCUGUCAUACCUCGCCUACGAGACCGUCGCCCAGAUUGUGGAUUUGUCUCUGCUGGUGAAGCAGGAGAUGACGCUGAAGACCAAUCCCAUCAGUCACGUGAUCUCUGCCAGCUACAUCCACUACAACACACACACUGAGGUGAAGAAGGAUCCGGACUCACCUGAGGCCACUCCCCCUUCCACUCCAGGCUCCUCCCACUCCUCCAAGCCCCUCCUCCAAGGCAACGGCAGCCUGGACGGCCGAGCCCGACAGAGAAAACGCAAAAAGAGUUGUCCUGCCACAGUGGAACCUCCCAGUGGAGCCAUCCAGCCCUGUCACAUCAGAGAGGCUAUUAGAAGAUACAACUACAGACACACAAGUGCCUACCGGAGGAGUGGGAUGGCCUUCCUGGCUUGCUGAGGUUGCACCGCUUUGACACACACUCAAACACACUGAGGUGCAACGACACACACUUUUGUACAAGUCUACACUCUCAUGCACACAUCCCAUUUAACUCAAUUUCUUGUCUUGGUUGUUUGUUGUAAUACUUUUUUUCCAGUCAUUUCAUAACAUUUGAACUCAUUGAUGUAUUUACUAUUAAAACUUUAGUACAAU